UCACUAUCAUGACACAUCUUCAACAUAAGGAAAAGCUUCCUCCUUGGAAGCGUUUUAUUUGCUAACCUUGGGGAGAGGUUGGCUCCUUCUUAUGGUUAGCAUUUUGAGAAGUGAUUAAAAGGCUCCUGAUAUUGGCAAGCUGACACUGUCGGGCGCUGAAUGUGUGACACAAGUGAUCUAACAGCUAGCUUUCUGGCUCAGGCGCUCGCUAAAAGACAGCUUCCCAAGCUAGUAGGCGCUAACGCUAGCUAACUGUGGAGACCGUAUCCGUAAUAUUUAACGUCGGAGAGCUACAUUCAUCAAAGACAGCCAUUGAAAGCAGUGACCGGUGUCCGUUUUUCACCACAAAAGUAAGUCUGUGGAGACACUGAAGUGAAAUUACAGACUACAGAUGAAGAUGAAUGCAUCCUUCCCAUGGUUUCCUAUGAAUCUCACCUGGAGGGGGAAGGUGUUGUGAGAAAGGAGAGAGGAGGCAGAAGCACAAGGCGACUAUAAACCAGUCAUGAAUCUCCAUCAGGUCCUCACAGGGGCCGUCAACCCUGGAGACAAUUGUUUCUCUGUAGGCAGCGUCAACAAUGUGCCAUUCACGGCCUACGCGUCAGGGUGUGACGUGGUGAUUUUGGGCAGUGACUUUGAGCGACUGCAGAUCAUCCCAGGGGCCAAACAUGGAAACAUUCAGGUCGGCUGUGUCGACUGCUCACUGCAGGGUGGACAGAUUGCAGCUUCCUAUGGAAGCAUUGUGUGCGUCUUUGAGCCUGUUCAGCACCCGGAUACAAAAGACACAUCACUGACUAAGGUCAACUGCCAAUGGCAGAAGACUGGUCAAUUUGUAUUAGAUUCUAUGGUGCGGAACCUGGCCUGGCACCCCACAGGCAGCACUCUCUUAACUGGUUCUAGUAGCCUCCAGUUGUGGUCUAAUGUUGAUGGAGUGGAAGAUGAGGUUGAAGAAGAGGGAAAACAGACAGAAAUGACCAUAAGAGACGCUCAUUCUGCCUGGAGGUGCAUCUGGCAGAGCAAGACGGCCUCUCCUGUCAGUUUAAUGAAAUUCUCUCCUGAUGGGGAAUUCUUUGCUACUGCUGGACAGGAUGACUGCCUUGUAAAGGUCUGGUACAGCACAAGCAAGUGGAAGUCAGGUGUCUCCAGACUCUUUACACCUCCUGAGCCCGGCAUUGGUGUUCAGGGAGAGCUGGCCUUUUCCUUUGUCUACCUGGCCCAUCCCCGCUCUGUUACCGGCUUCUCGUGGAGGAAGACUAGCAAGUACAUGCCACGAGGUGCUGUGUGUAACGUUCUGCUCACCUGCUGUAAGGACAGCGUGUGCCGGCUCUGGGCAGAGACGUUGUUGCCUGGUGACAGCCUCCUGUCCGGUCACCAUAACAACCACAGUGGUGGUCCACAUGGUGACACACUCAGAUGUGCAGGCACUGCUAAGAAAAACAACUGCAAUGGGAAGACGCAAGGAAGAACAACACAGGAAUUUAAUUUCCCGGAAUCAUUGCACGCCUCCUUUUCUCGGGUUGGGCCACUGCCCUCUCUGACUGGCUGCCUGCCUCACAAUCAGAAUCAACACUACAACCACAAAAAGAUCAGUAGCAGCAUGCCCCAUGCCAAUGCUCUCUGCCACUUCCACAUUGCUGCCAGCAUCAACCCUGCAACAGACAUUCCUCUGCUGCCCUCCAUCUCCUCUCUGAAUGCUGUGGAUGAUGAGGAACCUGGAGGUCCUUUUACUGUCCACUGGCUCAACAACAAAGAGCUCCAUUUCACUUUAGCCAUGGAAGUCUUCUUGCAGCAGCUCCGAGGCAGCUUGGAGCAACAGAGCGAAUGCUCCCAGGAAGAGCCUGAAGAUGAGGAGAACUUUGAUGAUGAAGAUUCUUGCAGCAGGCCAAGUGACCCCCAAGGACCUGAGGCUGUGGAGCUUCCUCUGGCAGCAGUGAAGCACCAAGUGGACAUCCUCUUAGAGGAGUGGAACAAAGGCGCAGACAUGUUGUUCAGUAUCCAUCCCAUGGACGGCUCUCUGUUAGUCUGGCAUGUGGACUGGUUAGAUGAAUACCAGCCGGGCAUGUUCAGACAAGCUCAGGUAUCAUUUGUGUCCCGUAUACCUGUCGCGUUCCCCACAGGCGAUGCCAUCUCCCUCAGCCACAGUGUGGUCAUGUACGCCUGCAACAAGAAUGUGGAUCUGGCUAUUCAACAUGGCAGGCAGCGACCGCCUGGGAGCACGCUGCCUCAAACUAAAUCUGCUCUAAUAAGCUACGGAGGUCAAGGAAAGGCUGCACCCAGCAGUAGUCUUCGACUGAGCAUCUUCACCCCCAACGUCCUCAUGAUCUCCAAACACGCCGACGGCUCCCUGAACCAGUGGGCAGUCAGCUUCGCAGAGGACUCUGCUUUCUCUACUGUGCUCAGUGUCUCUCACAAGUCACGGUACUGUGGCCACCGCUUCCACCUCAAUGACCUGGCCUGUCACUCGUUACUGCCUCUCCUCCUCACCACCUCACACCACAACGCCCUGAGGACACCAGAGGUAGACAACAUCCUUGCUCCCCCAGAUGCCUGGCACUCUGGUUUCCCUAAUUUAGCAUCUCUGCCACGUGGACGUCCCAGUCGGGUGUCACUCGGUGCGGUUUCCCAGGAUCCCAAUGCGAUCUACAGCGAGCUGAUCUUAUGGAGAGUAGAUCCUGUUGGCCCACUGUCUUUGUCAGGCGGUGUCUCUGAGCUUGCUCGCAUCAAUUCUCUCCAUGCAUCAGCAUUUUCUAAUGUAGCCUGGCUGCCCACGCUCAUUCCUAGCAGCUGUUUAGGUGUGUACUGUAACUCUCCCAGCGCUUGCUUUGUGGCCAGUGAUGGCCACUCACUCAGACUGUAUCAAGCUGUUAUUGAAGCUAAGAAACUCCUGAGUGAGCUCUCCAACCCUGAGAUAUCAAAAUAUGUUGGGGAGGUGUUCAACAUCAUUAGUCAGCAAUCCACAGCAAAACCAGGCUGUAUUAUAGAGCUGGAUACCAUUACCUGCUUUCAGGGGAAGGAGACCCAGCUCCUGCAUGUUUUUGAGGAGGAUCUGAUCCUUGGUAGUGAGAGAGCAGAGAGCACACAGGAACCUCCUGAUUCCCCUCACCCACCCUCUAGCGAGCCGGCCUUCUCGGCACGUUUUUUCCUUGUGGUGGUCGAAUUGACACCAACAGGUCGCUCGCUUCUCCACAUGUGGCAUCUCCAUCUUGCUGCUCGACCCGUCACCAUGGAAGAGACCAUGACGGAGAAGGAACCCACCACUGCCUCUUCCAUGAACAGCUCUCAGUUUAGCUUUGACACAUUCGGCUCUCCGAUGGCUCCUAAGAGUAAACCCUGCACUUCCAAUCUGCAGAGUGCCUGUCGUCUCAGCCUCACAACACGCAGGCUAUACAGCCAAGAGAUGUCUUUACCAGAAGGGGUGGAAGCAAUCAGUGUAACACCCUCAGCAGGUCACCUAAGUGCGUCCUGUUCUCUGCCAGCUGGUCUUGUGCCUUACCUCAUCGCUACUUCCUGUUCUGAUGGAAAGGUACGUUUCUGGAGGUGUAAUGUCACUGCGACAAAGCCUUUCAGUAUGGACGACUUGGUGUACCAAUGGGAGGAGUGGCCUAUGCUGGUGGAGGAGACAGUUCCCAACAGCAGCGUAGUAAGUGUACAGGGUCGUCCCAUAGAGGUCAGCUGCUGUCAUGCUGGACGGAUUGCAGUAGCUUACAGGCAGAUGCCAAACGUACCUCUGAACUCAACACCGUAUCUGAACUCUCACAGACUGACUUCUCCUCCCACCUUGACUUCUUCCCCUCAUGUGCACUACAACACCCGCUUGACCCCAACCCUGACUAUACAGCAUAGCCCAAAUCACACUCCAAGCCCCAGCCCAGCAAACACCAGAGAACCACUGGUGCACAUUGCCAUCUUCCAGUGUGAGUCUACUGGUGGUUCACAGUGGAUUCUAGAGCAGACCAUAGUACUGGACAGCACAGAUCCCACAGCUAACUAUGAUAUCGGUAAUAGCACAACUGGAAAUGCCAAUGUCCCAGGUAACACGGACUUUUCUAUACCUUACGAGAACUGUCAAGGUUCUUCUAGUAAGACCCUUGUUCAUUUGGACUGGGUCUCCCAAGAGAAUGGGUCACAUGUUCUGACUGUUGGUAUCGGCACAAAGAUUUAUAUGUAUGGUCGUCUCUCUGGGAAACCGCCGGAACUCUGUCUGUCAUCUGAUGCCAGCAGAGACCAGAGCCUGUCUCGCCUGGUUCUGCUUCGAUCAGUUGAUCUGGUCUCCUCUGUUGAGGGCUCUUUACCCAUUCCAGUCUCCCUCUCCUGGGUACGAGACGGCAUCUUGGUAGUAGGCAUGGACUGUGAGAUGCAUGUCUACUCCCAGUGGCAGCCCCCAGCACCACCCAAACCCAGUGUCACAGUUGCCCAGGACACAGACAUCAGCAGCAGCAUCUCCUCAAUAGUCUCAGCUGUCAGACAGAGCCAGGAGGAGGGUUUCAGCUCUGGGGCCCCCAUGUCAUCACUUGCCCCUCCCAAAAGGGCUCUGACCAGAUCGAUGAUGAGCCUGGCUCAGAAGCUCAGUGGGAAGAGAACAGCUUAUGACCUGCCUGUAGAGAUGGAGGACUCUGGGCUUUUUGAAGCAGCUCACCAACUCUUUCCCACUCUGCCCCAGUAUCAUCCUGUACAGCUACUGGAGCUCAUGGAUCUUGGGAAGGUUCACCGAGCCAAAGCCAUCCUCUCCCACCUGGUGAAAUGCAUCGCAGGAGAAAUUGUGGCUCUUAAAGACAGCACCAUCAAUCCAGAGAAACGCAUUCGCUCUCGAACCAUCAGCGCUGGAGGCAGCACAGCCAGGGACCGGAAGAUGUUCAGCAAAGCAGAGAACUCCACCCCCGACUACACAGAGAUAAGCUCCAUCCCUCCUCUGCCUCUGUACGCGCUUCUGGCAGCUGAUGAGGAUACGUCACCAAACCCUGAUAAAGUGGGCAGUGUGAGUGGAGACAGUGGGCACGGUUCCAGUCACACUGACGCUUAUGAUGAGCUCUUUCAAACACCCAGCAUGGCGGACUUAGACCCCCUGGACAAUGAUCAAGAGGAAACCGGGAACAAGGUCAUUGACUUGUCCCAGUACAGUCCAACAUACUUUGGUCCUGAACAUGCCCAGGUUCUGUCCAGUCACCUCCUGAGUUCCAGUUUGCCUGGCUUAACCCGUAUGGAGCAGAUGUCACUCAUGGCACUGGCUGACACCAUCGCUACUACAAGCACAGACCUCAAGGACAGCCAGGGCAAGAGCAAAGGUGGAGAAACUCUGGAUGAGUGUGGUCUGAAGUUUUUGCUGGCUGUCAGACUGCAUACCUUUCUCUCUACCUCCCUGCCUCCAGCACACCGAGCACAGCUUCUGCGGCAAGGCUUGUCCACAUGUCAUUAUGCCUGGGCCUUCCACUCUGAAGCUGAGGAGGAGCUUCUGAACAUGCUGCCUGCUCUGCAGAAGGGAGAGCCCACCUGGCCUGAGCUGCGCUCCAUGGGUGUGGGCUGGUGGCUGCGCAGCACCAACAAGCUACGCAGGUGUAUUGAGAAGGUUGCCAGGGCGUCUUUACUGAUAAACAACGAUCCUCUGGAUGCAGCUAUAUUUUACCUUGCAUUGAAAAAGAAGGCAGUGGUCUGGGGAUUGUACAGGUCUCAGAAGAAUGCCAAAAUGACAGACUUCUUCCGCAACAACUUCAGCGAGGAUCGGUGGAGGAAAGCAGCACUCAAAAAUGCCUUUUCUCUGUUGGGAAAGCAGAGGUUCCAGCACUCUGCCGCCUUCUUCCUUCUAGCUGGCUCCCUUAAGGAUGCUGUGGAGGUGUGUAUAGAGAAAAUGCAGGACCUCCAGCUGGCCCUGGUGAUCUCCAGAUUGUAUGAGUCUGAGUUUGAGACGUCAUCCACCUACAAAAAGAUCCUCCAGAGACAUGUUCUAGGACAAGACAAACAGAUUCACGCCCACCAGGACUCCUUCCUGCGGAGCAUGGCUCACUGGGUCCUGGAGGACUACAGCAGGGCAUUGGACACUCUACUCGAACAGCCUUCUAAUAGCACUGGCUCUGGGUCGGCUGCUAGCAAGUGCGAGUCUGGUUACUCUCCCGUGUCUCCAUGUAAUCCUGAGGUUUUCAACUUUUACACCUACCUUCGCACCCACCCACUCCUCCUUCGCCGCCAUUUUGGCUCGUCAGACAAGGCUAAAGUUGGCCUUACUGCUGAGGGUCGCAGGGCUGACUCUAUUAGCCUGGAGGAGAGAAGACUGUUUUUCACAGCUGCAUAUGCACAUUUGCAAGCUGGCUGCCCCAUGCUAGCUCUCGAGGUCCUCUCCAAGAUGCCCAAAGUCCACAAACAUUCCAAACUCCUUAACCAGAACAAUGCAGACGUCGCCACUGAUCUGAGUGUUGGCAGCAAAAAUGGACAAACAUCAGAUUGGUCUCAGCCAGCGCUUAACGGCUAUGAGUCUGAUGGAAACAGCUUAUCCAACAGCCAGUCAGAUUCAGUGUUAAGUUUUGACUGGAGCCAGCCAUCACUGACACUCCCUGACGAGUCCCUGGAGCUGAAGUGGGACAGUGACAAAGAUGAAGAUGAGGAAGAUGAUGAGGAUGAGGAAGAACACAAAGAUGGGAAGAGUGGUAGAACUGCAGACAGCAGCAGCGUGUUCCAGGACACACAGGAUGCCACGUCGCCACUAAUGGAGAUGGUGACAGGAGAGGAAAGUGACAACAGCAGUGACUUCCUAGAACCAUCUAAUGACAUCCUUGCUGCUCAGCUAAAGUUCACUGCCUGCUUGAAGAUUAUGACCAAUGAGCUGAGGACGCUGUCCACAGGAUAUGAACUGGAUGGAGGGAAACUACGUUACCAGCUCUAUCAGUGGUUAGAGAGAGAGGUGGUGGCUCUCCAGCGUUGCUGCAGCUACAAGCCAUGCUUGCCAGAGCUGUGCAUCCAGGGUGAGACCCCUGUUUCUGGGUUGGUGGAGGAGGAACAGCCUGGGAGUCCUCGUGUUGACAGCCAGAGGAGCAGGAGACAUUGGCUACAGAGUAACCAGCCCUUACUGAGGAUGUUUCUGAGCUACUGCAGCUUACACGGUUCCCAUGGUGGAGGACUGGCCUCUGUACGCAUGGAGCUCAUAUUGUUGCUACAAGAGUCUCACCAGGAUGACUCCAUCCAGUCAGCAGUGACGCCAUGUUGUCCGCAAACCUCCAUCCCACUUCUGAUGGCUUGCACAGCCAACGUCAAGACAGUGGUGGCCAAUCCCAUGGUCUACCUGACCAACCUGACUCAUGACAUCUUGCAGACCAUUAAUGCGCUCCACUCUCCUCCUCAUCCCGAUGUUGUCAACAAUGAGAUUUAUGUGUUGCACACACUGGCUGCCUCCUUAUCAGCCUGUAUAUAUCAGUGUCUGUGUGAACACACCCACAGCCAUGUGAACCAGUUCACAGGAAUCGUGUAUCAGAGUGUGUUGCUGUCUCAGAAGCAGCCCGUCAGAACUGUCAGCAUGGAUGAGUCUGUUCAGCCCAACACCUCCCCUGCACAGUGGCCAGGUAUCGCCUCUCUGAUUCGCCUCUUGAGCUCAGCGGGCGAGGAGAGCCAGCCGGGCUUAGCUGUGCUGCUCUGUGAGAUCCUGACUGCUGUCUACCUCAGUCUGUUUGUUCACGGCUUGGCCACUCACUCCAGCAACGAGCUGUUUCGCAUCGUGGCCCACCCCCUCAACAGCAAGCUUUGGGUGACGGUGUUCGGAGGAGGCGCCCGGAUCCCCGUCAUAGAGAAACCCAACAGCCCAAUGAGAACACCUCCGCCAGCCUCACCAAGUGGCUCAGACAGGAAGUCGAGACGAUUCAGGCUCCUUUCGUCGCGCAGUGGAUCCAAGGAGGAGUCUGGCAUCGAGCGGGAGGGUCCAUCCAGUCCCAGGCCUGUCCCUGUGGUGGAGCAAGAGGCUACCUCCAUUUUUAAAGAACGAUUUGUUCCUCCUGAUCUCAGCAUUUGGGAUUACUUUAUCGCAAAGCCUUCACUGCCACCAUCAGAAAGCAGAAUUGAAUAUGAUUCGGAGGAGAGCCAGGGCAGUGAAGAUGAAGAAGAAGGCGACGAUGAAUAUGAAUAUGCGUUUGACCCCAACUCUCCACAAAGAGAACACUCAAACCACAAUUCAUACAGUUGGUGUUUGAUGCGUCUGGCGAUGGUUCAGCUUGUGUUGGUCAACCUCAAGUCCUUUUACCCAAUGGCAGGAUAUGAUCUAUUGGAUCUGCCCGUGGGCUCUCCUCUGUGUCACACUGUGCUGAAGACGCUGCAGCGCUGGGAGCAGGUGCUGCAGAAAAGGCUCGAGAUCUUCGGGGGCCCCCCUUCCAAGUACAUCUGCACCCACCUCCAGGAUGAAACAACCUCACCCGGUCCUGCCCUGCUUAGACACAAGGCCCUGUUUGAACCAUCCAACACCCCGUUCAGGACUAGCCACUCCUCAGCACUGCCAGUGAAGCGUCUGUGGCAGUUUCUGGUGAAACAGGAAGAAGUGCAGGAGACCUUCAUUCGACACAUCUUUACCAAGAAACGGGACCCGAAUGAGUCGGGUGAGGACCAGACUGACAAUAUGAAAUGUUCAGGGAUGGAGGAGACAGGAAACCAUCAGACUGAGUCAGAUCUGGGCAGCCCCGGAGGAAAGGCACGCAUCAUCCACAAGGAAUCUGACAUUAUCACAGCCUUCGCCAUCAACAAGGCAAAUCGUAAUUGUUUAGUCAUGGCCUCCACCCAUGACAUUCAGGAGUUGGAUGUGUCAUCCAUCUUGGCCACACAGAUCUUGACAUGGAUCGAUGACGAUGAGGCUGAAACCAAAGGUGUCGGUGGUGAUGACUUCCUGGUGGUCCACGCACGCGAUGACUUUGCCGCCAUUCACGGCAGCACACCAUACACUCACAGCAGCCCCGGCACACCUAUCAACAUGCCCUGGCUGGGGGGAGUGCAGACAGGCCGGGGCGCAUCUGUGAUGAUCAAGAGAAACAUCAACAAUGUGAGAAGAAUGACCUCUCAUCCCACGCUGCCUUACUACCUGACAGGAGCUCAGGAUGGUAGCGUGAGGAUGUUCGAGUGGGGUCACUCUCAGCAGAUCAUCUGCUUCAGAAGUCCUGGCAACUCCAGAGUCACCAGGAUACGAUUCAACCACCAGGGGAACAAGUUCGGUAUCGUAGACUCCGAUGGAGGUUUGAGCCUCUGGCAGACCAACACGAGCGGGAACGCACCCAAACCAUAUCUGACUUUGCAGUGCCACAACAAGACAGCUCACGACUUUGUCUUUGUGGGCUCCUCGUCCCUCAUCGCCACUGCGGGGCUUUCAACAGACAACAGGAACGUGUGUCUGUGGGACACUCUGGUGACUCCUGCGAACAGCCUUGUACACACCUUCUGCUGCCACGAGUCCGGAGCUACCGUGCUCGCGAUGGCCCCCAGGCAGCAGCUGCUUAUCACAGGCGGGAGGAAGGGCUGGAUCAGCAUCUUGGAGCUUCCCCACAGGCACCAGCGCCAGAGCUUCCAGGCCCACGACUCCUCGCUCAAAGCACUGGCUGUCGAUCCGACCGAGGACUGCUUCAUCAGUGGAUCAUCAGAGGGCAACAUCAGGGUCUGGAGUCUGGCCACACAGUGUCCACUCUACACUUUCCCCAGCGAGCACGCUCGCCAGUCGCUGUUCAGGAACCUCGGCACGGGCGUCAUGCAGAUUGAGGUGGGGCCGACCAAUCACAUCUUCUCCUGCGGCGCCGACGGAACCAUGAAGAUGAGACUCCUCCCCAACCGCUACAGUGUUGUCAACAACAACAACAACCACGGCAACCUCAAGAACGAUGUCAAGUUCAUCAUAUAGAGACAUACAGAAAAGUGUUGAAAGCAAUUUAAUGAAUAAUGUGAAGUGCUUUUUAUGAUCGAUGCCAGCUGCAGGAACGCUCGGAAGAGAAGCUCCUUGUGGGUUCAUUUUUAAAGAAAAAUGAUGUCAUCGGUGUAGAUGUAGGGGGGAUUAUUCACAGGAUUUACAGACUUUCACUGAGUGAGAGCGUGUCGUCUGAUGCACAGGCCACAAGGAUGGCGAUGAACGGGAAAUCUGCUGUGAUUUGUGUGAGACACGCACUGAAAUACAGGAGUCUCCACCAGUGUUUUAAACUGUGGUGGAAGUUAAAAUGGCCACAGGGUAACAACCGACAGCACAGUCAAUCAAACUGAGAAGGAGACACAAACGGAUUGCUAUCCGUGUCUACUGAACAGCACGUGGAGAGAGUUUCCAGGUGUGUGUUUUGUUUUGUUUUUGCACAGGAAGUGAAGCUGUAGAAGGAGCAGGAGCGACAAGAGACUGUGCAGCAUUGUUCUUCUCAUACAGCAUCACCUUUUCUUAACUUUACAAAGGCGGUUGUGACAGUGGAAGCUCCUCUGGAACCACUGCUGGAGCGUUGAGGUGGUAAAGAACAGGACACUGUGUGCAGUGUGUCACGUGGACGGCCACUGUUGAAGCCGCUCUGCACAACGCAAAGGCCGACGAACAUCAUACGAAGCACAUUAUAUCAAGUCACGAGGAACUCACGGCGCAUUCUGGUGCUCCAUAUUAAUUUAUGAACACAAAUAAAAAAGCAGACGAGCUCGUGUUUGUCACCAUUAGACCUCAUUUAAAGAAUUACAGGAUGUCAGUUUAAUAUCACGUUAUAUUCAUUUUAGGCAGGUUUUUUUUUUUUUUUGCCUGAUGCCCUUUCCCAGCCUGACUUGAAAUAAACACUUUGAUUUUAUAAAAGUGUGAAGAAUAAAAAGCAUCUUAAAUGUUAAGGAAGUGUGACAUUUGGCUUCUGGCAGGGAGGAUUGAUAUCCCUCACAUGUCAGUCCCCUUACAUGUAGAGCUACAGCCAGAGGCUCUUCAGCUCAGAGACCGUCGUGCAUAAUAAACUGACUAGAGAUCGAGCUGAACCACUUUCUCUGGGCCGACAGUGAUACAAGUCAGUGGUAAUUAAGGAAAGACGGAUUAUCAGGGCCAGUAUUCAGAAAAUUCCAGUUACUGGCAUUUGUUUUUUUUUUUGUUUGUUUUUUUUUUUGGUGUCAGAUUGGCGAUAAAUAUAAAUUGCUGCCCAAAUGCACCACUUUGACUCUGAUGCAGCUUUCUUUCUUCUUCUGUAGUCACCACUCAGCGUCCAGCCGACAGCCCGAUCACAAGCAAAGUCAAGAAAAAUAGCUUAGUUAAGUUAAAUAAAUGUAGUGGAGUGAAAGUAUAAAGAAGCAGAGAAAGGAAACACUCGAGUGAAGAACCUCUAAAUUAAAUAAAAUAAUUGUAACAUUCUCUCGCUUGUUGAUCUAAAUUCUGACUCAAGAUUUUUAUUUUUCUCGGAAAUUCAUAUUGAGUACAAUAAUCAUGUUCUACUUUUUUCUUCCACUCCACUUAUUAUUUGAUUUAUUUACAUUUACUAGAUUGGUAAUUAUUCAGCGAUGAUGGCUUAUUUGUGUCGUGUAACCAAUCAGAUCGCAGGAGGCACGCUGAGUGAGAUCGCAGAGAGGCGGCGGCGUCAUCAGAGCAGAAGAGAAGCAUUUUAAAAUGAAUGAACUUAUCGCUUUUAAACUGGACAAAUGCUAGUUCUGGGAUCUGCUGCUAAUCAGUCCAUCCGGAAAACAAACAAUAUAAAGUGUUAAUGAGUGAGUUUAAGCAGCUCCCUCUGACUCUGCGUAUGCUAAGCUAACCCGUUCAUAUUGAACAAGGCAGAUGAUGAGAGUGAUGUCGGUCUUCUAACCAGCAUCUUCUCCCACAAAUUCCCCUGAAACAUAGGAACGUUCUUCAAGUUGUGACUCGAGUUCACAGACGGGCUGCUUUUUGUUUUUCUUUCGUUUUGUUUUUUUGUUUGUUUUUUUUUCUUUCCAUGGACUACCUGAAUGCGCCAUUUCUCUUUCUCUAUUUGCACAUAAAAACAGUUAAGCUAAAUUAUAUGUAGUGCAAUGCGUAGAGCUACACUAGCUGGACGGCAGUAAAGUGGUCCAAGCCUUUGGUAAUAAGAAUUAUAUGUAGUGUGUGAUAAUCCCAGACUAGAUUUAACCAAUGGUGGUAUUAUUAUUAUUAUUAUUACUAUGAUUAUUAAAGUGUCCUUAAUCUCUGAAAACUAUUUCUGCCAUCCUGGCUCAGUACUGCAGUAAUAUUGAUCCUGAUAAUAUUGAUCAUUGUUGCACAAAGUAGCUUUAAUUUAACAAAGGUCCCUCGUCGCUAUGGGACACCACAAGUAAAACCUUUUUCUGGCUGCGUGCCGAUUAUUUUUGGAACGUUCGAUGGAAAGUUUGAGAACAUGUAGCAGGUAACUUUGCUGUUGACAAUGAAGAGGAGGGACGAGGCGGAGCGGCUAAACAAGUUUUAAUCAACAUCCUGUUUUGUUGUGGACGUCUUUUAUUCCAAUAUAACAAAUGCACUUCUCUUUCCCUCGACUCCAGACGCUCAUCCUCCACUUGGACCAUGAUUGAGAAAAAAAACUUCCUUGAUGAUAAAUGAUAAUGUUUACCUUGUAGUCAUCUUGAUUUUUUUUUGACUUGGCUUUUGCUUUUUUUUUUUAUAUAUAUCAUCCAAAAAUGCAGCACAUGGCCUUCAGUAAAUAUAAUCUAGGUUGGUGUGUAAAAUAAUGCGUCUUCCACAUAAAGAAGUGAGAGGUUCAGCUUGUCCUGUAACCGUUUAUUCUGAAGGAGUAUAAUCCAGUACGAUAACUACCCAGAGACUCUGUGUUGUGCUGCUGUAGGGACACAAGUGUACAUUAGUUUGAUUUUCAGGGAGGACAAACUGAGGAAAACCUUUUAGAUGAAGCAGAUUUAUUGCAGUCAUGUAUAUACAUAGAUCCAUAGACUAGGCUUCUCGUAAACAGCAGCGUAAUCAUUACUGCUAGUGUUAGAACCGUGGGUGACGACGUAAAGCCAUUCUAUGAAGAAUAUCAGUGUACAAAUAAAGGUAUAUUUAUGAAAUCUGUUCAUAUUUAGGAUUAUAGACUGAUUGUAUUUCCUGCUUGUUUUUCUUUAACUCUUUGGUUUACCUUUUACUUCUUUUAUCAUUUCCUGAUGUGGGCUUGAACAACAUACUGCUUUUUUUUCUUGUUUGUUCCCCCCCCACACACACACACACACACAUCAGUGUGUUCUGAAAAUGAUGUGUUCUCCUGCAGUAACUUGAGAAUAAAACAAUUUUUAUCAAAGCCAAACUAUGUGUACUUCUAGAGAGAAACUGUUGAAUAAAGAUUCAUCUGACUGCUUAUUUUCCUUCAAAAAGACUCAAACAGUUUAACGACGUCAGUGUGUCGGGGUGUGAGACGAUUGAUCAAGCUCCCUCUGCAUAA